AUGAGCAAGCGGCAGCAAGCGACGGGGCUCGAAGGCGACGCGCUCGACCGCGAGCUCGCGUCGCUCAAGCAGACCAUCGGCCUCUGCAACCCGAUCUUUCAGGGCCACGUCAACGACUGGAAGAGCACGACGAUGGCGACCGAAGAGAUGUCGACCAAGGAGAAGGAGAUCCUCGCGGACCCGCCCAAGCCAGCGUCCAAGGGCAGGAAGACGCGCGUCGACGAGCGCGCGCUGCUUCGCGCCGAUCCGAUCGCGAAAGACGCCGACAUUGCUACAUCAACCUCCUCCUGCCUGCUCAAGGAAGUCAAUGGGACACCACUUGACAAGACGUCGCGCGUCGUGGUCCCCAAGCCGAUUCCGAAGGCGAAGCGGCUGCACAUGCACGGAAUCCUCCACGGCCUUCCGAUCCCGUCCGAGUACAAGCUCAGCACGACGACGAAGGACGCGUUUGGCUACGACGCCGAGAUGAAGGUGCUCAACCGCGACAAGGACAUGAGCCACUUCCGGAAGCGCGACACGUACUCCGAGUACGUCGAGGCGCGCGCCCGCUUUAGCAAAAUGCACAGCGUCACCUAA